UGGGGAGGACCGUGCUGCUGACCCGUCGGGCUUCAGCGGGGCACUGUCCGUAGUCUUCUGCCCCGACCGGGGAGACCCUCGUGAGGCCCGGACCCUUGGCCCGCCCCCGCCUGACUUGGCCGCAGGACUCAGGCCGCUGACACGAGCGCCUGCUGGGCACGCGCCGAGAUUCUGGGCGCGUGGAGUGGAGAAAAUAAAGGCUCUGCCUUCCGGGGGAGAGAGACAACCCACAAGGAAGCCAGCGCUCCCUGGGACCUGGCCAGCCCGACCCCGGCCCUGAGAAAACCGCGCCUCCCUCAGCCUGGACUCAGCUCUGCCCUGCAGUGAGCUCAGGAAAUUCUCAGAGAACUGAGACGCAGACCUGGCAUGCCCGGUCUUGGGGUUGCGAUUCCCGGCUCCCCUCGGCGUGUCCCACUGAUCACGGGCGUCCAGGGGACGGGAAUGCAAAUUUAGGAAGCUGGAGGCUGGUUGGAACUCCACCUUUGCCUCCAGUGUACUGAAUGACGGGCAAUUUCUCCUCGCUCCGGUCCUGCCAGCCCUAAAACAGACACCUUUGGCGUUUACUUCUUGUCCCCUUUCCUGGAGUUGUUCCUUUAUUUUGGGAGUCAUGCAAGGCCCAGAGGAAUGGAGAUCUCACCUGUGUUUUGACCUGGAGCAGGUCACUCAGAGCCACUCCUGGUCCACCUGGCCUGCCAGUCACUGAACCGCUGAGCAUUGCCACCAAGAGCCUUCGUCAGCAUUCAGCCCACCUGCUCUCCAGCGUCCAGCAGGCACCUGGCAGACGGGGAGGUGUGGCGUGGCCUGAGGACACAUGGCAGAGGCAGGGGACAGCCAACACUUCCUUGACUCAGAGGUCGACGUCCUGCCUCCUGACACUGUCUCCCUCAGCGACUCAGACUCAGACCUCAGUCUGCCGGAUGGUGCUGGGGUGGAUGCCCUGUCCCCGGGGGGGCUGCCUGGGGAGGCUUCCGGGGAUUCGGGCCCCGAUGAGCCCCCCUCGCCCCCCAGGGGCCUCCCCACAGAGGCGGUGCAGCCCUUCCAUCUGAGAGGCACGAGCUCCACCUUCUCCCAGCGCAGCCACAGCAUCUUUGAUGGCUUGGAGGGGGCCGUCAGGCGGGCUGUGCCCGCUGUGGCUCCAGCCAGUCCAGGGGACAGGGGGAGCUCCCGGCAGCUGCUGCCACCCUCCAGCCAGCCUGCAGCGGGUGGCCCACGUAGGGCCGCUGGAAGCCCUGCUCCCCCAAGGGCGCCCCCCGUCCCUGACUACGUGACCCACCCUGAGCGCUGGACCAGGUACAGCCUGGAAGAGGUGGCCGAGGCCAGCGAGCAGAGCAACCGGGCCGCCGCCCUGGCCUUCCUGGGCCCGCAGAACCUGGCCGCCCCCGGCGACUACGUGCUCUCCUUCAAUCAGGACCCCUCCAGCUGCGGGGAGGGCCGGCUUGUCUUCACCAAGCCUGCCCGAGCCAGCGAGGCUCGGCCCGACAGGAGGCGGGUCCCGAGGAAGGCGGGGGAGCCGGGCAGGAGCGACCCUGGGGUUCCAGGAACGGCAGGGGGCGAGGGCCCCGUGGAGCUGGCCCACCUGGCCAGGCCCUGGAGCCCCGAAGCUGAGGAGUGGAGCGGAUCCCGAGGGGGCCUGCAGGAGGUGGGUGCACUUGCGGGCGUAGCCCACGCCAGGUCUGGGUCCAGUCCCCCGCUGGUGGAGACAGUGGGUUUCCACGGCAGCAGGAAGCGGAGCAGGGACCACUUCCGGGGCAAGGGACCACUUCCGGAGCAAGGGCACAACCCCGAGGCCCCAGGCGUGGAGGUGUGAGCCAGACCUCCCGGCUGCCUCCCUGACCUGACUGUGCUGGAAGGCUGGCCACUGUUGCCCCCGGGGCGGCUUCAGGGCUGGAGCGGGCUCAGGGCUCCAGGGCAGCGAGCCGGCCUGCCAACUGCCUGUGGGUGCCACCAGGGAGCAGAAACUUCGCCAGGGUGUGGGCCGGGGGUGGUGGAGGCCCGACCCGUCCUCUGCCCGGGAGACAGUAAAGGCCUUGCGUGUUC